AUGGCGUCGCCGGCCAUCCACCCGAGCAAGCCGCCCUCGAGCUUGGUGGAUCCUCGACAGUCGGGAGACUAUCCCAUCAUCCUGGGGGACAGCCUGAAAGCAGACGCGAAAGCACAGGACCUGUUUCUGAAUAUCCGCUAUAACUGGCAACCGAAGUCCGGCUUCGACACUCGUCAGAGUCGACUGACCAAGGCUGGGGAGCGGUUCCUUCUCGAUGUCUCUGACGGUGGUGAUUCCGCCGGGGAAUACCAGUACGUCGGCAAAUCGCUUGCGGGGCCAUCUGGAGAAGGGGCGUCUGAAGACCAGCCCCGGUCACUGGCGCUCGUCUUCGACCCGUCCAAGUCGGCUUUCGUCCUCGAAGCCAUCUCGGCGUCUCUCGACAUGAACCUGAAAGCGGCACCGGGCAUGUCGUCUAAGGAAGCUCGGGAGUUGCCACAACUGCCCGGCCAUGCGAAGUCGUCGACCAAACAGCCCUCAGCCGCAAACGGGCAUACGGGCCCAGCACCAUCAUCGGACGACGAGACCCCCGAUCCCGCCAACCCCUACGACUUCCGACACUUCCUGUCCGAAGCUCGUGAAAGUCUCGAAAAAUCAACCGCCGCCGUGCCGGGCAAUCGGACGCCCGUCCCGGGCAGUCGCACCCCCAUGAGUGGCACAUUCACGCCUGCCCCUGCAGGAAACAGAUUCUUACCCACCACCCCACAGGCCCGACCGACCUCAGUGCCCGCCACAUCCUCCAAAGCGUCGCAACAGCGCAAGAAAAAGACCGAAGACCCGCCUCGAGGACCCGCCCGUGCACCGGCGACCAAAGCCUCCACGAAACGAGACGUUCCCAAAUCUACCAAACCACUCAGCAAAGCCCGCGUUUCCGACUCUGACGACGACGACGACGGGGCCGAUGCGCCUCGAGCACCUGCACCGAAGCCGCCGAGCACGGCCAAGACCAGACCCAAUCCACCAAAAGCUGGAAAAGGCCACACCCGCAACGUCUCGGAUAAUAUCGGCAGUUCACCCCACAUCAUCAUUAACGACGACGACGGCGACUUGGAAAUCGACAUGGGCAGUCCCCCUCCCGACAAUGGACGCUUUCGGCGUGGGAGGGUGGAUCCCGAGAUGUUCCGCAGCCAUACCGCGACACCCAUCGGUGGCUUAAGUUCGAACGGGGGACGGUCUUCUUCAAGGCCUCUUUCGAAGCCACCUGUGGAGGAGUCUGCUGGAGGUCGUCCCGGCAGAGAAAGGGACCGAGAUCGGGAUGUUACGAUGAAGGAUAUCGAAGCGGCCUCUUCUUUGGAUGAAGAUGAAGACGUGGAGGAAUUCGAGCUGGGCAGUCCCAGAGAGAAAAGCCUCGCGGUGCCCAAUCGAGGUGACGUUUCGAUGGCGCAAGACGAUGAGUCUGACAGUAGUGGUGACCGCGGUCGAGGAGGUCGGCGGCCACACCAGCAGCAGCAAUCACAACAACCGCAGAUCGACCAAGCCCCGCCAACGCCUCCGGAACCCAUCGCUUCCCACGAUGACGACGACGAAGACCUCCUCGAAGCGGCCCUGGAGGCGGCUUUGGAAGAAGAGGACGAGAACGAGGAUAGAGGGAUUGGGUUGGGCAUUGGGAUGGCGGGUGGGAAUAUGCAGGACGAUGAGAGCGAGGUCAGCGAAGAAGAAUAA